AUGGCGGAGGCAGGAAAAGUACCCUUGAGCCUCGGGCUUACCGGAGAAGAAGCGACAGAGUGGCCUCUGCAGCGGUACGCCCGCUGCAUACCCUCAAACACCAGAGACCCACCUGGGCCACGCCAGGAAGCUGGGACAGCCCCUUGCCCCACAUGGAAGGUUUUUGAUUCCAAUGAAGAAUCUGGGUAUCUUGUUCUCACCAUAGUUAUAUCAGGUCAUUUCUUCAUUUUCCAAGGACAGACACUACUGGAAGGGUUUUCACUCGUUGGUAGCAAGGACUGGUUGAAGAUUGUAAGACGCAUGGAUUGUCUGUUGUUUGGAACAACGAUAAAGGACAAGAGUCGCCUGUUUCGAGUACAGUUCAGUGGAGAGUCAAAGGAGCAGGCGCUGGAACACUGCUGCAGUUGUGUUCAAAAGCUGGCGCAAUACAUAACCGUUCAGGUGCCUGAUGGGAACAUCCAGGAGCUUCAGCUGAUUCCUGGCCCACCCAGGGCAAGUGGAAGUCAAGGGAAGGACUCUGCAAAGAGUGUCCCAUGGCAGGCUGGAUCCCACCAGCACUCAGAACAGCAAGUGCGUGGAACAGCGGGCACAGGCGCUCCAGACGGAAGGACCUCACUGACGCAGUUAGCUCAGACUCUUCUGGCCUCGGAGGAGCUGCCCCGUGUCUAUGAACAAUCUGCAUGGGGUGCAGAAGAGUUAGGCCCCUUCCUGCGUUUGUGCCUUAUGGAUCAGAAUUUCCCAGCAUUUGUGGAAGAGGUAGAAAAGGAACUUAAAAAGCUAGUGGGGUUGAGAAAUUAAUGCUCUGUAUACAUAUAUAACUAAGGAACUUCAAAGUAUUGAAAAAUGCUUCCUCCUAAAAUUAAAGAAGAUAUUAGAAUAAAGAGCAUUAUUCCAAACACCUUUUAUCAAUGUUUUAUUUUUAAAAACAGGUGAAUCCACUUUUAUACAUCAUUGCACUUCAAUAAUUACACAAAACACAAGUACAUGCAUCUACAGUUACGCACCGCAUGAGAACCCUGUUAGGUUAUAAAAUCUAUCAUCAACCAGUAAAUCAAUGUGAAAAAAUACAGUGUCAAACCAAAAAGUAUAACUAUAGUUGCAUAGAAUAUCACCAUGCUAUAACAUUUCAAGGUCAUUGGAAACAAAAGAAAAAUUAUAAAAGUUUGCCUUGAUUGAAUGUACAAGAAUAAGGUUCAACACAUCAGUGCAAAAGGAUUUAUGAAUUUACAUGACUUAACAAAAGAAAA